CCGCAUUGGGCCUAAGUUACUUCCUCGGUUGGAGCAACACGGCAUCCUUGUCUCCGCACCAGCAUCCUCAACAGAUUGUUUAAUUCAUUCCUCGACAAGACAAGACAAAUUCUUCCUGAUAUACACAUUCUGUAUCCCAAUUGAAAUAUCCCAUUGCCAUUCAAACAUGGUAGCUCCCAUCAGAGCCGUCCCUAAUGCGGCAAAGCGAGCGACUAGCCUGCUUCGAACAAUUCAAUACACUCAUCCACCUUCAUGCCCUUGUCACUCGAACCCUGGGUACCACAACCAGCCCCCAUCAAUCGUCCCGCGCAUCCGCCAACCCGGCGUCCGUCGCUAUGCUACACCAAACGAACCACAGAAGGAAUACGCCUUUGAAAUGGCAGCAUCCUCUAUUCGCUUCGGCCCUGGUGUCACUAAAGAGGUCGGAAUGGACUUUAAGAACCUGGGCUCGCAACGAGUCGCUGUUGUCACCGACCGCACUGUAGAGAAACUCGACGCCAUGAAGCAAGUUAUCGAAGGCUUGACCCGCGAAGGUGUAAACUUCCAAGUGUAUGCCGACGUCCGCAUUGAACCUAAGGACAGCUCUGUUAAGGAAGCUAUCAAUUGGGCUCGCCCAUACAACCCCGACGCAUUUCUCGCAGUUGGCGGUGGUUCUGUUAUGGAUACCGCCAAGUUGAUGAACUUGUAUACUGCAUACCCCGAUGCCGACUUUCUUGACUUCGUCAAUGCGCCUUUGGGUAAGGGCCGCCCCGUCGACAAGCCAUUGAAACCCUUGAUUGCCGUACCCACCACUGCUGGCACAGGUAGCGAAACUACUGGAACAGCCAUCUUUGAUCUUGUUUCCAAACGUGCAAAGACGGGUGUAGCGCACAGAAACUUGAAACCCACGCUCGGUAUUUGUGAUCCUCUCAACACAAGAACCAUGCCUCCGGCAGUUAUGGCGGCCUCCGGCCUCGAUGUUUUGUGCCAUUCGCUAGAAUCUUGGACUGCUAUUCCAUACUAUGAGAGAACCCCCAGACCAUCCAACCCGAUUCUAAGACCUGCGUACCAGGGGGCCAACCCCAUCUCUGACGUCUUUUCUUUCCAUGCUCUACGAAGUACCGUUAAAUAUCUUCCACGCGCUGUCAAAAACCCAGACGAUUUUGAAGCCCAGAGUGAGAUGCUUCUCGCCGCCACUCUUGCUGGUGUAGGCUUUGGUAAUGCUGGUGUCCAUCUGUGCCACGGCAUGUCGUAUCCUAUUUCCGGCCAGAACCCGGCCGGGUACAGACACAACGGCUACGAAGUACCGCAAGCACUGAUCCCGCAUGGUGUCUCUGUCGCAGUGUCCGCUCCUGCUGUGUUCAAGUUCACCGGCGCUUCGAACCCGGAACGCCAUCUCCAGGCGGCAGAAGUGUUUGGUGUUGACAUUUCUAACGUGAAGAGAGAGAGUGCGGGAGAAGUCUUGGCGGACGCACUCGCUCGCUUCUUAGAUGACCUUGGUGAUCAACCCAAGGGCUUAAAAGACCUUGGCUUUGGCUCUGAGCACAUUGACGCCCUGGUGGAGGGAACAAUUCCUCAAGCGCGUGUCCUUAUGCUUGCGCCCGGAUUGUCCAAUGAGCUGCAAACUGAGCGGGACCAGCUGCACCGCUUGUUUGAGGAUGCUCUUAGCCAUUAAAGUAGUAUAGUAUCGUGUGUACCAUUUGCCAAAUGCCAACCUCUCACUUGAACUUAUCAGGAUUGCUUGGGAUCAUAUUUUUCAAGACAGCAAUUUGUUUGACCAUGGUGACCUUGCGAAUUUCAGAGACCGCUCGUUUGUCGAUACGGCGUGCUCCAUUGGAGAAGACGACGGUAUGGUCUGGUAACACAACUCCUGGCGGUAUUACUGACAGGGCGGAGAUAGUACAUUGCUAAAGAGUACAAGUCAGCUGCAUGCGGAGAUAUGGUGUAGUUUUGAUAGGUUAUACCUUUCCAAUCUUGGCGCCGCUGCCAAUUCUGCUGCCCACUUGGAUAAUGCUGCCCUCUCCUAUCUCGGUGCCACCGCACUCAAUGACUGAGCCAACCUCAAUUUGUACAUAAUCGCCUAAGCUGACACCACCAGACUUUGCCGUGGCCAUGUCUUGUGCUCGAGCACCAAUGUGGGCACGUUCAUGUAUAAUGCAGCGCCGUCCAAUGAGAAUGCUACCAUCAUUGGACUCAAAGCGGCAUCGUGGGUGAACUACUGUCUCAGCUUGAAGGGUGAUUGAAUGAGUGCCUUGCAGAAUGGCAUUAUCGGAAAUAAUGAGCGAUGAUGAGAAGUUUACUGGUGGUUUCGGACCACUGCGGUCAAUGGCAGGUAGAAUUGAGUGUCGUUUGUUCGACAUAACAAGCCAGCUGAGGAACGCGUUGCGUGCGUGUAUGCUUCUUGACGGUUUGAUGUUGCAAGGCUGAGUGUGUAGAAAUAUUUUCUAAAUAUUGAGGCAAUAGUAAACCAAUAUGACUCGCUUAUCCCCGUAACAGCUUGUUUUGUCCAAUAAAAACAAACAAAAAUAUUAAAAUGCAAAGAAAGCAGCGAGGUCCCCGUGGGUGUUGCGCCGGAG